CUGGGAAAAUUUGUACCUUUUGCGACCACAAGACAAGCGUUCCUUUCCUGCGAAAAUUGCGCUAGAAUUUGCAAAAACUCUGGAACCCGGCAGUGGAUAGCCAAAACUAGGCAUUUUCGAGACCAGUUGGAGGGCAAUCAGCACCGGAAAGACAGACGCGCGUGCAAAAGAAUAGUUGGACGGUCAGAAAAACAGGAUUGCGGGAUACAUCUUGACCAAAAGAGUAAAGACGCUAAGUGCUGACCAUGUCCGGCAUUGCAAUCACGCGGCUGGGCGAGGAACGGAAGGCGUGGCGCAAGGAUCACCCCUUCGGAUUCGUGGCCCGGCCCGCGAAGAACCCGGACGGCACCCUCAAUCUGAUGAUCUGGGAGUGCGCCAUUCCCGGCAAGAAGUCCACCCCCUGGGAGGGGGGCCUCUACAAGCUGCGCAUGAUCUUCAAGGACGACUACCCCACCUCGCCGCCCAAGUGCAAAUUUGAGCCGCCGCUGUUCCACCCAAACGUCUAUCCCUCGGGCACCGUCUGCCUGUCGCUGCUCGACGAGGAGAAGGACUGGCGCCCGGCCAUCACCAUCAAGCAGAUCCUGCUGGGCAUCCAGGACUUGCUCAACGAACCCAACAUUAAGGACCCGGCCCAGGCGGAGGCCUACACCAUCUACUGCCAGAACCGCUUGGAGUACGAGAAGCGCGUCCGCGCCCAGGCCCGCGCCAUGGCGGCCACCGAGUAAUCCGAGUAGUCCGAGUCUCGGCUAGAGUCCCACAUAGACAUUAACAAACACACAUCUAGACGGUAAGCGUUUUCGUGAAUGCUUCCACAUCUAUUUACUUUUACUAAGUUGACUUAUUUGAGCGAAACUAUUGCACACAACCCCCAUUUGAUUAUAUCUUCUAUUGCAAUUGAUUGAUACCAGCUAUUAUGUGUACUCCAUCAUUUUAAUAAAAUCUAAUAAGUUCUGUAA